GCUAUCCUUCAUUCUAUUUACAGGAUUACUCCUGCAGUUUCAAAUUUUCUAAAUAAAGACAUCGUCAUGAUAACAACGCGAAAUCUAGUGACAAAUCGAAACAGCAGACGACAUUAACCGGAAAUCAUGUCGUUCGGACAAAAAGAUGCGGACAAAGAGUGGCCUACCUUUAACUACGAGGAUGUACAAGUAAGCUAUUCGCCUGAUGGCGAGGGCGGUGAAAAUGACAAAAUAUUCACGGACUUCAAACCGGCCACAGAGUUUCAUAACAUUAGAAACAAAAAGAGGAAGUCGAAGAAGGCUAGGGCUCUAAGAUUGAUUUCUGAGUCUGAGAUAAACCGGAAGAAUCAGUCUUGCUGUCAAGACCGGAAGCGAUGUGUCGUCAUAUCCGUCCUAAUAACAUGUGUCAUAAUUAUCGUUGCCAUCUGCAUUUUCCUAGGUGUCUAUUUUGGUGUUCUUGUUAAAGGAAAUACAUCAAACGAACAGUCACAAAGUGGCAGUUCAGUAGAUAUAGUAAAUUUAUCAACUAACACAAGUACCGCCACCGCCGCAGCCACCAUUGACUGCGGCUACAACUAAAAAAACCACAACAACCCAACCUCUCCCAACAAAAUCACAAUCAACACCACCAAAAACAACAACUUCAUCUACAACAACAUCUUCCAGCACCACUUCUACAACAACAACAACAACGACGACAACAACUACAACUACUACUACACCUGUACCGACGACGACGGAGCCGCCGGUACGUGAUUUCAGCGGAAGUGACGUUGAUACCAAUGACGUCAUAGCAACUGCUAAGAAUUGUACAAAUGAGAUCAUUUUCAGCACAGAUGGUUUAAACCAGGAUCAAAAAUGCAGUUUGUAUUUCGAGAUGCUACGUUGUGUAUACGUAUUAAGUACGAGGAAUCUUCUGCACGUGCCUGUACAGACACUAGGUGAGAUAAUGGAGAAUAAUACACGUGACGUCUUCCCUAUUUGGAUUAAAAUCGUUCCUGACACUUGUAAAGAAAACGGUGUUUUAGAUAUAAAUAAUAUAACUAGGUUGCCUGUUAAACUAUCCGAGCUGUGUUCAAGUCCAGAUGCCAUUACGUAUUUUGGUAAACGGGACUGUAAUAUGGUGCAUAAUUCGGCGGCCCUGGCGCAGGAAUCUGACGAAAAUAAGUGCAGAGUCCGGUGGGGUAUGAUCGGGUGUGUGUCACGUGCUAUGUCAUGUCCGCUCGAAGAGAUUGAGUCUACCAUUAAUUCUUAUGAAUCCAAUGUCACGGAUAUACUUCACACUGCCAGACAGGAUCUGUGUAAUGAUAUGUUUGAAACGAUAUCCCAGACAUCUCAGUGUAGUUUGACAUUAUAUAGACAUAUGGGUUCUAUAUAUACAAAGUGUUCUAGAGUAAUUCAGAUAGGAAGUCAACUUAAGGUGCAAGACCUCGCUUGCCCAUUAUUCGAGGUAUUUUUCGAGUGCAGCUACUCUCAUAUACCGUCCUUGAUGCGGUACGAGACAUGUGAACCGAGGAAGAAUGACCUUCGUCCGGUGACCUUUGACAUUGCUCAAACCUUGUCCAAGGUCGAUCUUCGUCCUAGUUAUUUUAUUAACGUUUCAACUUGCAUAGGCACACCAAUUAUCUCCAACUAUAUAUGUGAAUCUCCGAAGAAACUCGUGGCAGUAGUUGAUACAUUAUGUUACAGAAAGUUCAAUCUUGUUACAGAGGGUACUAUCUGCAAGGUCAUCAGUGAGUAUAUAUAUGAAUGUGGUCCGGAGUAUAUAGAAGAACUUGGUUUAAAAUGUACAGCUAGUCAAAUCAAAGCCGCCAUGAUCAGCGAAACAGCACAAUUGUUUGCGGUGUAUGGUUUGAACAUGACGUCCCUGGCUAAUCAAGAUAAUUGUAUAAAACCUGCUUAGCGCAUGUAUCUUACCCAUACGUAACUAUAUCCUAAUAUUAAAAGAAGAAUUUCGGACGAUAUAUGACCUUAAUUGUGUUGAUGCGCCAUAAAAUCAAACAAACAAUAGAAAGAGUAAUGGCGCUAUGUUUGUGACGCAUGCGCAAUCAUCGCUUUUAGCUCUGAUUAAACAAUGUGUAUCAGUGAUUGAAUAUUUUGAAGAAAGGACUUUUGCCAUAGCUUGAUGCAAUCAAAAUAGAUUGACUUCUAGAUGAAUGGCACAC